CGGCGCCGCGGCCCGCCCGCUCCCUGCCGCCGCGUCCUUCCUCACCGGACAGCAGCGUCAGGCCCCGGGGGACGCCGGCCGAGAGUGGAGCCUGACUCCGUCCGUGCGGCGCCCGCAGCGGCCGAGGCCAUGGGCACGCCGGCCUCGGUAGUGAGCGAUCCUCCGGGGAGGGCAGCGCCCGCAGCCCGCGGCCGCAAGCGGGCCUCGGCCAACAUCUUCCAGGGCGUGGGGCUGCCGGAGCUGCGGAGCCUGUUCCAGAGCGGCGGGGCCGAGCGGCCCGAGGAGCGCGCCCGCCUCGUAUGGCGGUACGGGGGCCAGCGGCGCAUGGCACGGGCCCUGCGGCGGCUCCGGCGACGACACCCGGCACAGCCCGGUGGCGGGAUGGCGCGGGCCCUGCGACGGUUCGGCCACCUGCGGUAGGAUCGCGGAGAAGGAGCCGGACGGUCCGUGCAGCAGCAGCGGGCUGGCAUACUGAGAAGGUGCAGGGCUGCUGGGCAGCGGGUGCCAGUACCUGUGAGGACACUAAGUGUACGGACAGAUUGCAAUGGUUAAUAAAAGGCGGACAGUGGCGGCUGCGUGAGGCUGGGCUGGGUCCUGCAGUCCCUUCACCUUCCCCCAGGGCGGCAGGGCCUUGGGCCAAGCUGUUGUACCAGUCCUGGUGCAAGGGGACCAGUCCCAACCUGCUCUAGGGUGCUGCAGAGACACACAAGCAUCCAGCUGAACGGCAGCUCUGUUAUUCAGAUGGUUGCAUGGUUUAAAUACAUUACAUACAUUUC